CCACGUUUGUGGCAAGAAGUCUCCCCUGAAAGCCAACCCAUAACCCCUCUUCAACGUUCAAAUAUGGACUAUCCAUGAGAGAGAGAGAGAGAGGGGACAUUACUAUAGUGCUAAAUUGCUUGUAAGGACAAUGAUUGUUGAACACUGUUAACUUUUUGUAGGUUUGGUUUGACCACCUGCAUUAAUUUAGAUUUAGAUAUAUAACCAUGCUCUGUUUUUCUACUUACUUUCACAUUUUGUGAAGAUAUAGGGGGAGAGAGAGAGAGAGAGAGAGAUGUAUGCCAUAUGGGUAUCCUUGAAGGAGAACCUCAGCUGCAGAAGUAAGCUAACAGAUGCAAUCUGCCGGCCGGAAAAGAUUGGUAAACAUAGAAAGUUCAUCUUCAAAAGGGAGAACUCAGAAUCCGAGCUUGUUCAUCCGAUGGAAGAGCGAAUGUGCGAGUUGGUUUUCAGGCAAAAUCACCCUCCAAAUUGGUAUUAUGAACUGAAUACUGGAGACCCAUCAAGAAACAUCAUUGAGAUGAUCAUCCGCGCUGCAUCGACAUACCCUUCCCAGCACUGCAAAAAGAUCAAAAGAGUCCUCCGAGUAAACAACUCAGCCAAUACAGUUGAAAGGUUCGAAAAGUACAGAGAAACAGUGAAGAACAGAACCCAAGAGGGGCAACACAAGCAAAAUCUGAGAACCACAGUGGACGGGAACGAGCUGUUACAGUUCUACGGCACAACCAUGAACUGUUGCAGUAGGAAGCCAAGCAAAAAGGUAUCUGACGCCUGUAAAGACCCGACUUGUCGAGUCUGCAGAGUAAUUCAAUCAGGUUUCAACACGGUGUAUACAAGGAAGAAUGGGAUUCGGUUGAGCACAAGCAGUGAGGAAGUGAGUGAGGACGCGAUUGGGUUCGCGGAAGGGAAGAAGAACCUGAAGAGGGCGGUUGUAGUUUGCAGGACAAUUGCAGGGACAGUAGCUAAUGCGAUUGAUGAUGAGAAGAGUUGGGAAGAACAUGAUUCAGUUAGAAUUGGACGAUUGUAUUCUGAAGCAGAGUACUUGAUUGUGCAAAAUCCCAGUGCUGUGCUUCCUUGCUUUGUUGUAGUUUUCAACUGAAUUGUAUCUGUAUUAUUACUGUUUUGCCGCACUUUCAUAUAUGAAUCCAGCACGAUGAUGAACAACACGUUAUAAA